AACCUCUCAUUAAUGGCGUUAACACGAUCAAAACUCUCUCUUGACGGAAUCCCUCUCCUUUAAUCGCUAGCUUUCUUUCACUGGGUAACUUACGUGUACCACAAGAAAUCGCCUCAUCCUUACAAGUUACAAUGAAAUCAUCGUCUUGCAGGUAAAGUAAGAUAGUUCAACCUAUCAGCUUGGCACUUGAUUGAUCUCAUGAAAUCUAGUGAUGUAGAGACUUCGAUGGAUACCUUCGUGAAUCAUGAUCUUGAUUAGGCGUUACUUUGGACCUGGGUUAGCUUCAGAGGAACAUUACUGUCAUAGAAUGGAUGAUCACGGAUGCGUGCCUGAUAAGAUCACAUUCUCCAUAGUCAUUAGCAUGGCCAUUGUAGGAAGGAGCCUUCCAAGCAUCAAAGCAGUACUAUUUUUUUCCUCGACCAAGUUUAAGAAAAAAAUUAGUUAAAAAGAAGUUUUAAGAAACAUUUCAAGCAAUUUGUCAAUCAGUUUGUAACUUUGAUUUGGGCUAAACACUGGUUAACGUGCAUCUCGAAAUACUAAUAGGGCCGUUCCUCACCAUAAUUAAAUGAAAUAUUGGAUUAUGGCGAUGGCCUCCAAAUUUCUAAGAAAAAUAUGCACAAACUAUAUGGUUUCUAAAUUAUUUGAAAUGUUCACCAUAUUAUUUAUAUCCCCAAAAAGCUUUGGAUAUUUGUUUAUAUAUGAGAUAAUGUUAUGAGUCUCAUGAGUCAACCAAACCAAAGAAGAUGUUGGGGACACACAAAAAAAUCAAGAAAUACAAAAGAAAUCCUUAAGUCACCAAGAUCUUUUACAAAAAGCUAUAGCGAUCAAAAAGUAGCUUGAGUUCCAAACAAAAAGGAAUGUAAUGCGUAUGUACAGCUGUCUUAUAAAAUUGUGGUUUGCCAUGAACUAAGAUGAAAAAUAUUUAACAGCAUAUUCUUAAUUGCAUUGUAACGUAUAUAAACAACUAGACAAGAGAAGACUGAAUGAGAGGAACUAGUCCUACGAAGUAGUUCUCACCGUCCAAUGACAAUGUAACAAACUGGUAGACACAUGUACUCUAUUGUGUAUUGACAACUGUUUGGGAAUCUUAUAAUAACAAGACCAAAACCAAAAGGACAAGUGUUCCCUUUGCACGUCGCUUUCAAUAUAAUAAUAUAUCGGCUAACGAGCUGUUCAUGUACUAAUUAGUUUAUUUAACUAAUUCCACACAAUCAACUACAGUUUGAAGCAUAACAAACUUAACAAUCAUGUGGCUUUUAUUAGUUUUCAUACACUAUAACGUAUUACAACACGUGUGAGAUUAGCUCCAUAAAAGUCAAACAAACCAUUAACAAACCCGCGUCGAAAUAAGAAGACAACCUAAGCUAUAAGGAAAACUGUAAACCAAUCAGCAUUUGAUUUUGUAAACCGAAUCAAAGUCGGCCGUAUAAGUCUUUAAACCAUAAAUGUCUUCUCCGGUUUGAAGUCAAAACUGUAUCAUAACAUUAAGAUCUUCUCCGGUUUAGCAUCAGCUUUGACCCAAACCCUUCCAUGACGUCAUCAUCUUGACAUUUUCAAUUGUGUUCAUCUAUAAACAUCCUUUGACUCUCACUUUCUGAGAACUUUCAGACACAACAGAAAGUACAUAUAUAAAACCAAGGAUCUCCGUGUUCGUGUACUUUGUGAAUAAAUGGAAAAAGCAUCUGACAACAACCCCACGAAACUCUCGAAGAUGCUUCAGAAAGCCUUGUCAAUUGGUCACAGUCCGUUUAGUCCGGUAAGAGAUUUCCAUCACCACCGUACGGCUUCGACGGUGAGCAGAGGAUUUUUCUUCUCUGGUCCGAUAACACCGUUGCUUCCAACGGCGGCCUCAAGAGCUAGGAGAAGAACCAAGAACGCCGUCGUUUUCGCCGAGCCCACUUCGCCUAAAGUCUCCUGCAUCGGUCAGAUCAAACUCGCUAAUAAGUCGAAAUGUCCAGAGACGAAGACCAGAGAACGCAAGAAUCUCAAAACGGCAUCGUCUCGUCUUGUUAAAGAAGCAGGCAAGGGAAACUGGUCGAAACUAAAACGUCUCUUCUCAAUGGGGUCGAGAAAAUCCAACUACGUAGCCGUCUCCGCCGCUAGCGAACCUCCGAUCUCGGCGGUGGAAGCGGUUGCGGCGCCUUCGUUGUGUAAAAUGAAGAAAUUCGCGAGCAGCAGAGAGGCUCUAGGUGGAUUUGAUUGGACGGCCGAGAUCAAACGUGAAGAAUCUCGGUCGGAUCAUCACCGCCGAGGUUACUCUUCCGAUGACAAAGAGACGAUGAUUCCAUGCGCUGUAAGCACGCCUCUGGCCAUGUGCUCGAGACAGAAGAGUGAAGUUAAUCUGUGGAAGAGAAGAACCAUGGAUCAACCAAAACCACUACAAGUUAAAGCUAGUUAUUAACUUGUCUUCGUUCCUGCUUCCAUGUGUAGUUGUUUUUUUGUGUCGGAACUUCGUUUCUACGUACUAGGUCUAAAGUUUUUGAAUACUUCAAACAAACAAAAUAAUUCGAUUUGUGAAUAAAUCCACACGUUUUUAAUGCGUUAUUAGCUAUAAGAUGAGCACAAUUAUUGGUUUGUCUCCCUCUGAAACUGUUGAUUGCCCUAAUCACGUAUUACUGCCUUGACGAAUACACGUGAAUCACUCUCAUACAUUACUCGUUGAAGCCAAGAUAUUAUCUAAGCAAGUCAUAAACCAAGUAGAGAUCUUACUUAUGCCUCUAUUACAUAAUGUAACCUCUGAUAGGCUUUUGUCCAAACCAUUUAAAUAACCCAUCCAAUCUCACAAGUACAUAAUCAAGCUUCCAAGUUGCAUCAAUAUUUUAGUCAAAAAAAAGUUGCAUCAAUACUACACUUGGUAAGUGGAUAUUAUCGAAUAUAAUGAAAAUUUGAUUGAUUGCAUAUUUAGUGGCGGUUUGAAGCACCACAUUUUCGGUUUCUUGUGCCACUAAACAAAAUCGGGAUAGCCAAAAACGGUCAUACGAAAGACUAGACUUCAGAUUCAGAUUCUGGAUUUAAACAUGAUGAAAUUAUUUUAAUAUUUGUUAUAUAAAUGGAUUCUUACAUGUUGCAGUUCGUCUUAUCACUGAAUUUGUACGUACUAAAUAUACACUUCAAAAUUUAACAGUUAAAUUCAUAUAUGUUAUGGAUACUAUCUACUCAUCUGAACUCAAAUCCUGAUUGAGACAUUAUGAUUAAAUAUAUUCCUAAUUGGUCUUGACUCUUGAGUAUAGACUUUAGGGCGAGACAUAAAUCUACAUAUAAUUUAUAACGAAGAAAUAGCAUUUAUGGAACCAGUCACAUUAUAGCAUAUCACGGUCCAUUCGGUUCAAAACACCUUAUGUAAGACUGAAACAAAA